AUGGCGCUGUCGCACCACGCCGCCGCGGCCGCGCGGCCGUCGCUCGCGCGCGUCGCCCCAACGCGCGUCGCCUCCUCGCCUUUUGCCCGCGACGCUCGCGACGCGCGCAAAGCGCUCGCGACGCGCGCGGCGGCCGCCUCGGACGCGCUCCCGUCCCUGGACGCCUCCUCGACGUGGCGACUGCGACUGGAGCUCUUCAGCGGCGUCGGCGCGUCGUCGGAGCCGGACCGAGUCGUCGACGCGCGGUGCGUGUUCGUCGUCGACGAGGGGUACGAGCCUCCGCAAGGGGUCGUCCAGAUCGUGGAGGACGACGACGGCGUGUUCGUCGACGGCGGGCUGCAUCGAUGGACGCUCGAGGAGCUCGUCUGCGAUAUAGUCUCCUCAGAGUCUCCCUCAUCGCGCGUCGUCGCCUUCGUCCCCCCCACUCCCCACUCCCCACUCCCCUCGCAGGACCCGAACGAGCGCAAGGCUGGACUGUGGAUCUGGGGCCUGUUCGAGGAACCGCUGUACCCGUACAUGCUGCUCUCGUUCGACGUCAACAGGGUGGAAGUGCGAGAGGGCGGGUAUCACGUCCCGGCGGGGAAACUGUUCGGCGAGAUGAGACACGCGCGCGGGAGCAAGAGCGGGCACGUCCUGAGCGACGGGCGGCUGUCGUUCAAGGUCACGAAGACGUACCAGGCGGAUCUCGUGGGGUUGUCGAAGGUGAGCGUGGGGGAGCCCACGGAGUGCGGGCGCGUGCGUUUGGAUUGCGUCGAGACGUUUUGA